AUGAGUGACUAUACCUUUCUGCUUGUAGUCAAUUUCAGAGCUUGCAGACGAUGAGCUGCACAACUUUGCGAUGGCUGCUGACAAGCGUUUGCCGCUGAGGGCUGUUGUCCUAUGCUACUAGGAAAAUGCGGGCUCGGGCUGCAAACUCCACGCACGGAGCCGGCGGCCGUGGUGGAGGUGUGGUCUUUGCGCGCGAGCCCGCCGACGCUGUCUAAUGGAGCGGUUGGAGCUAUUUGUAGUCGAAGAGAAUGCAUCAAGAUAAACAGCUUGUCUCAGCGCCUGGAUGCAGCCGCGGAGGCGCUCGCGCGGCAACCCCCUCUGGUGGUAGGGCAAGCGGCCAGCGGCGGACCACCUCGAAGCGGUUCGUCAUGGCGAGGGCACGGGCUUGGGACUGGAGGUGGGAGCAGCAGCAGUAGCAGUGGUAGUGGCAGUACUGGUGGGGGCAGCAGCAGGCAUGACGGGAGCCUGGAUGACUUGCAGCAGACGUCUGCGUUGCUGUGGGACCGGCGGCACUCCCACGCCGCAGCCAGCACCAGCAGCGCGGCCACCGCCGGCACAGCCUACAACCCGGACAUAGGGGAUCGCAUGAUGGAUGAGGGCUCUAGCAGGAAUGGUGGCGGCCUGUCUAGAGCUUGGCGGACAGCGCACGACCGGCGCGGCCGCGGCCGGUCAAGGCUUGCGGGCGGGAGCGGCUGCCUGUCAGCCGAUGAGGCGUGUGUGGAGCUGCGUCGGGUUGCGGCAUCGGCCCGAGUCAGAGAACCUUCACAGCAGCCUGGGGCCUCAGUAGCAGCGGCGGCGGCAGCGAUGCCAAGCAGAAAGAGCCGGCGCGCCGGGGCGCUCCGAGACCUGGUGUCGGAGCUGCAGCCGCUGCUGCCGCUGCUGAGCGCGGCGCAGCUGCAGCGGGUCUUGGAGGUGUUGGCGGAGGCGCGUCACACGCCCUCCGACACCUGGUUCCAUGACUACCUCGACGCCUCCGAGCGCCUGCUACCGCCGGCACCGCUGCCCUCGGCACAGGGAGGGGCGCAGCAACAGCACGCAUGGACUGCGGCCAGCAGCCCCACGCUGCCGGCACCGGCCAUAGUCGCUGACGCUGCUGACGUGUUUGGCAUGCUGGCGGCGAUGCGGCGGUUGCGGCUACGGCCUCAGCGGCCGCAGUGGACGUCUGCCGCGACUGCCGUGCUGAGCGCGAAUCUGCCGCAGCUGGCGCCCGCUCAGGUGGUGGAGCUGUUGUCGUGCUUUGCGGAUCUGGCGCUACAGCUGCCAGACGAACUGAUGGGUCGGGCCUUCGCGCUGCUACUGCCAGACGUGCCGCAGCUACAGCCGCCGCUGCUGGUGGACCUGCUGGCCGCGUGCAGCCGACUGCGCCGCCGGCCGCCGGCGCACGUAGAGGCGGCGGUGUGGCGGGCCCUUCAGCCCGAGGUGCUGGCGGCAGCGCCGGCGGGAGAGCUCUGCCGGCUGGCGGCCGCGGCGGCGGCGCUUGGGCUGCAGCCGCCGGCUGAUGUGCUGGCGGCGCUGGGGGCUUGCUCUGAAGGGCUGCUGCGGCAGUCGGCAGCAGCGGCUGCCCUGCUCGGUGGCGGCGCAAGCAGCGGCUGCCUCACAGUGACGCAGCUGUCGUGCUUGCUGCGAGACCUGAACAAGCUGGCGGUGCCUUUCCCCACCAUGGCCUGGUCGCAGCUGCUGAGUCAGUACCUUGAAGGCCUGUGUGUGCGUGCCUGCAGUGUGCAGCACGUGCCCAGCAGCAGCCACCAACCCGUCAGCCGCAGUGGGGCGGAGGUGUCUGUGGAGGCGCUGGCGUACCUGCUGGGCAGUGCGGCGCGCUGUCAGCUCGAGCUGUCGGAUGGGGCGAUGGCGGCGGCGGCCGCGCACCUGGAGGCCGGGCUGCGGCGCGUGGCGGGCCCUGCAGCGGCAGCAGGAGGCGCGCCACCAGCAGAUACGGCAGUAGCGGAGGCGGGCGGCUCGGAACCGCGACAGGGGCAGCAAAUAGGAGAAGCUGUCAGCCCGGAGUCCGAACAAGCUGCGGUUGCGCAGGACGCGGGCGCUGAGGGGGUGGCCGAGGCGGCGGAAUGUCCACCGAAGGCGUUGUCCACGCUGGCGGCUGCACUUGUGCCGUACGCAGCACGCCUGCCAGCAUCGCUCCUGGAUGCGCUGUACGUGGCGCUGGGGACAGUGCUGGAGCGGUUUGACGUGUGGGAGCUCACCAACACGCUGCAUGCGCUGCCCAGCCUCUGCAUGCCCGCGCCGCCACCCCGCCGCACCCGCCGCGGCAGCAGCCGCCUGAGCGCAGCCCCAUCGUCGUCACACACGCGGCCGGAGUCGGAAUCCGAAUUCAGCCCUGGUCUCAGCGUCAUCAGCAUCGCCGGAAUACCUGGGCUACAGGACCCUGAUCAGCCGCAGCAGCCGCGCCGGCCGCUGCCGCCGCCGGAGCUGGUGUCCUCCUACCUGUCCUGCCUGCAGGGCCGCAUGCGGCGGGCGGAGCCGCACCACCUGUCCAUGUGCCUGUUCGCGCUGCACCGCCUGCACGUGGCGCCGCCGGCCGCCUGGAUGCGCGCCUUCACGCUGCGCAGCUUCCAGCAGCUGCCGCACAUGAACGAGGUGCAGCUGGCGUCGCUGGCAUGGGUGCUGGCGCGCAUGGACUACAGGCCGCCGGCGCUCUGGGUGGAUGCGCUGCUGGGCGCGGCGGGCGGGCGGCUGUCAUGCUUCACGCCCAAGCACCUGGCGCAGCUGCUGUGGGCGGUGGGCAGGAUGGGCUACCGCCCCGGCGAGGUUUGGACGCAGCGCUGGCUGGGCAAGGCGGCGGCGGCGUUCCGCACCGCGGACGGCGUCACGCUGGGAGCGCUGGCGUGGGCGGCGGCGGGCGUGGAGGCGCGCGGCGCGGCGGGGCCAUGGCUACAGGAGCUGUCGGAGCACCUGGUCCGGCGGCUGCCGCACGUGCCGCCGCGCUCGCUGGCCAACACGCUGGCGGCGAUGGAGGCGCUGGGCCAUGUGCCGCCGCCCGCACUGCUGCACGCCGUGGCCGCCCACGUGCGGUCGCAGCUGCACCCAAGCAUAGCUGCUGCCAGCCCCGAGCAUGAGCAGCAGGGUGUGGGGAUGCAGCGGCGUGCGCGGUCGGGGCCGGGCAUGCCACUGCGCGACCUGUCCCUCAUAUGCCACAGCCUGGCGGUGCUGGGGUUGCAAGCAGACGCGGAGUGGGCGGCGGCGGUCGCGGGCGCGGCUGCCGGCUUCGCGGCGGCGGGCCCGGACCUGCGCGCCGCCUUCGACGGUGACGCCGAUGACGAGUUUGGCGGGCCCGUCGCACCUGGUGGCCCUAUGCGGCUGCCGCAGCAGGCGGCAACUGCUGAAGGCGAGGCCGCACGCACAGCGGCCGCCCACGGCGCUCAUGCACACCACCUGGCGCUGCUGACGGCGGCGCUGUCGCGGCUGCGGCACCCGCUGCCGCCGCGCGUGUGGCCGGUGCUGCUGCAGGGCCUGCUGUCUGUGCUACACGCCGCCGCGCCCGAGUCCCUGGCGGCGCUGCUGACGGCGGCUGCGCGGCUGCGGCUGCCGCUGUCGCGGGAGGCGACCGGCGCCCUGUUGCUGGCCACACACCGGCGGCUGGGGGCCAUGAGUCCUGCCUGCAUGGCGGCGGUGCUGCAGUCGUUUGUGAAGCUGGGUGUUGACCCCGGCGGCAGGUGGCUGGGAGCGAUGGAAGAGGAGCUGCGGCAGCGGCAGUGGAGGUGGGUGCUCGGCCGUAGCCGCGCGGCCGCGGCCGCCGCAGCCUCGGCGGCGGGCGGUCAGGACGGUGGAAGCAGAGAUGGCAGCGAGGGCGAGGAGGCGGACCAGCCGCAGGCUGCGGAGGGGGCUGCGACAGCCUGGAUGCUGCCGGGGCCGCGCGAGCGCGCGGUCCUGCUGUGGGCGGUGGUUACGCUGGAGACGGCGCAACCGCGGGGAACUGCGCCAGCCCUGGCGACUGCGGCGGGUGCAGCCAUGGCGGGCCGUGGGGGUGCCAGGCGGCGGGCGCCGCUGCUGCCGUCGGGUACUGCUGCGAGAGCCGGUUCCAAUGAGGACUCGGCCAGACCAGAUGAGGAGCCCUGCGCCCUGCCUAGCUGGGAGAUGAAGCCGCCCGCGGCGCGGCGCCAGGGGCUGCAGCACGACGGCCUCUUGGAGCUGCUGCUACUGCCGCCGUCGGCGGAGUUGAUGGCCGCGGCGGCGGCGGAGGCCGGCGCCGCCACUUCUUCGCCCUCAACCUCGCCGUCCUUCCCGCUGCGCCCACGCGACGCUGCCUCCAUGGCCGCCGCACAGGCGGCGGAGGGCAUGCUGCUGCAGCAGCAGCUGCGCUCCCUGUGCGGCGCUGACCUGGCGGUGGUGUGCUGGGCGCUGGGGCGGCUGCGGCUGCGGCCGCGCGGUCUGGUGCGGGCGCUGCUGCCCGAGCUGCUCCGCCGCCUGCGCUCAACCCAGCCCAAUGAGCCCAGCCCAGCCGCCGGUCCACCGGCGUCACUACCAGCGGCGGAUGCGACGGAGCCUGUGCCAGCGGCGGCGGCAGUAGCAAGGGGCCUGGGCCGAGGCCUACUGGACUCGCGGUCGCUGGCCACUGCCUGCUGGGGCCUGAGCUCCAUGGGGCUGUGGCCGCCGGUGGAGUGGCAGGCGGCGGUGGCGGAGGAGGCGCUGAGGCGGCUGGCGGCGGGGCAGCUGGCGCCGCGCGAGUGCGCGACGCUGGCUGCGGCGCUGGCGCGCUGGUCGCGGCAGCCGGCGUCACGGCGGCACCAGCAGGAGGAGGAGCAGGCGUCCGGCAGCAGCAGCGCGGCGGAUAGCGACGGCGAGGCGGGCGCUGGCGGAAAGUCGGAGGCCAAGGCGGCAGUGCGGCGGGUGCGGGCGGAGCGGCGGUUGCGGGCGGCGGUGCGGCGGCUGUCUGCCCUGGCUCUGGAGCACACCGCAGCUCGCCUGCCGGGCUUGUUGGCUCCCUUGACACCUGCACCUUCCCAGCAGCAGCAACAAGAACAGCAGCCGCAGCCGCAGUGCUACGACGCUCGCAGCCUGUCCUGGCUGCUGUGGGCCGUGGCGGCCCUGGGCUGUGUGCGGGAGCUGCCGGCCUGGUGGACGGCCGCGUUCCUGCCUGGCGGCCUCCGGCUGUUGGCGCAGCUGGCACCCAGCCACCGGGUGACGCUGCUGGACAGCCUGUCGCGGCUGGGUCUGAGGCCGGGCGCGGCGUGGCUGGAGCGCGCGGAGCAGGUGGCAAUGGACGGAGGCCUAACCGCCGCCAGCUCCUAUCGCGGACUGGCAGCAGCACUAGACCGCAUGGCGUCGCCUGCGGCCCACGCGUCAUCGCCAUCAGCGCCGGCGGUUUCUCCGGAGGCUGACGCAAUGCACGACGCCACCGCCAGCUAGGAGCUAGCCGGCAGCUGCAUGAAGGACGCGGUCGUGAUAGCUGCAGCUGGCAUCAGCUGUAGAUGGACUCAUGGCAGGCGUGUGCGAGGGCAGGCGGUGGCGCCGGCGGGUGCUUAUCCCCGACGCCGAACGCAUUGUAUUUUAUUUGUUUCAUUUUUGCAAUCCCAUCACACACACACAAGCAUGCAUGGUAUGCAAGCGCAUACCACUCAGUCCCCUUGUCCCCACAGGGGGGGGUGCAGCCCAGCCAUGCUGAGCCCCCCCAGCGCAGCGUUCCAGGGGGGGGGGGCGAAGCCCCCCAGGAACACCCCUGUCCGUGGCUGGUGGCUGGUGCGUCGGCAAAAGGAUGCCAAAGGCCCCCAACAUAGAGGCGUGUGCAAUUUGCGUGUGCUUAGUAGGCGCCCGCGUCAAGGUGGCUGGGUUGAUAAUGACCCGGGAUCAGCCCUUUUCCUGCCAUAAGGCAGCCACCUCCUUGUUGCAAUCCCACACAAGGAUGGCAGUGCACGACGUUAGCAGUGGCGGCUUACGGUGGCGGGCGCAUACACAGGGCAUCUUACACUCUAGUCUGGACUGACUUAAAAUUGCUGAUGGCUGCCGAGGUGCAGACGAGCUUGGUGCCCUGAGCGUUGACAGACAGGCGUUUUGGCACACGCUGAAGCACGACGGUCCGAAGGCCUGCGGCAGACCCACAAUCAGGCAGGCCGGUUUUAUUCUUUUGUCAUACAUUGAUCAUUACUAGCACAGAUCGGCAGGAUGCACUCUUACAGUUGUAGGUGUUGACAAUAGACCACAUCAUGAUAAUCUUUGACAGCAGCGCCGCUGGCUUUACAGCCUGGCGCAUGACCCCUCCUCCCCAUGUAACGGUAUCACCGGUAGCGAUUGCCACACGCGGCCUCACGAUAGCGCAUACAGCCCAUCCGAUUGCAUACCGUAUGCUGCACAUGUGCAGCUCGUGUCACAACCUGCUCACGACCACACGGCAGUAUUCACGCCCAACCAGUCACGAGUGCAGCGCCAUAUCUUUUGAGCCCAUACAGGGGGGGGGGUAGAAAGCUCAGAUUCUUACCCCAUGCUCAGAAUUACAGAGCUUUAGGAGAGCAUUAUGCACGUACUUUUAGUUUCUUAAGGGGGUGUCUGGUGAGGAAGUUCUG